GCGGGCGGAGGUGGGGGAAGAAGGAGCGCGCCCUGCCGCUCUGUCUCAGUCCCUCGCGCGCUCUCGGGCAACAUGGCGGGCGUGGAGGAGGCAGCGGCCUCCGGGAGCCACCUGAAUGGCGACUUGGAUCCAGACGACAGGGAGGAGGAAGCUGCCUCUACGGCCGAAGAAGCAGCCAAGAAAAAAAGACGGAAGAAGAAGAAGAGUAAAGGGGCUGCUGCAGGUAAAAGGAGUUUUGUGUUUUCCCAGUCCCCACCAGGAUGGGCGAAUGGCUUGGCUCAGGCCCGGCCGGGAUGGCUGGGAGCGGGGACCCGGCGGCCCGGACUCGACCGAUUUCCAGGCUCGGGAGGGCUGGGUUGCAGAUUCCGAACCCCGGGAAGAGGCGAUGGAGAUGGUGAUGGGGAUGGAGCAACCGGAAAGAAGAAGAAAAAGAAGAAGAAGAAGAGAGGAUCAAAAGUUCAAACAGACCCUCCCUCAGUUCCAAUAUGUGACCUGUAUCCUAAUGGUGUAUUUCCCAAAGGACAAGAGUGUGAAUACCCACCCACACAAGAUGGGCGAACAGCUGCUUGGAGAACUACAAGUGAAGAAAAGAAAGCCUUAGAUCAGGCCAGUGAAGAGAUUUGGAAUGAUUUUCGAGAAGCUGCAGAAGCACAUCGACAAGUUAGAAAAUAUGUUAUGAGCUGGAUCAAGCCUGGGAUGACAAUGAUAGAAAUCUGUGAAAAGUUAGAAGACUGUUCACGCAAAUUGAUAAAAGAGAAUGGAUUAAAUGCAGGCCUGGCAUUUCCUACUGGGUGUUCUCUCAAUAAUUGUGCUGCCCAUUAUACUCCCAAUGCUGGUGACACAACAGUAUUACAGUAUGAUGACAUCUGUAAGAUAGAUUUUGGAACACACAUAAGUGGUAGGAUUAUUGACUGUGCUUUUACUGUCACUUUUAAUCCCAAAUAUGAUACGUUAUUAAAAGCUGUAAAGGAUGCUACCAAUACUGGAAUAAAGUUUAUUAUGACAGUGAAACCAAUCCGUAAUCUAAAUGGACAUUCAAUUGGGCAAUAUAGAAUACAUGCUGGGAAAACAGUGCCCAUUGUGAAAGGAGGAGAGGCAACAAGAAUGGAGGAAGGCGAAGUGUAUGCAAUUGAAACCUUUGGUAGUACAGGAAAAGGUGUUGUUCAUGAUGACAUGGAAUGUUCACAUUACAUGAAAAAUUUUGAUGUUGGACAUGUGCCGAUAAGGCUUCCAAGAACAAAACACUUGUUAAAUGUCAUCAAUGACAACUUUGGCACCCUUGCCUUCUGCCGCAGAUGGCUUGAUCGCUUGGGAGAAAGUAAAUAUUUGAUGGCUCUGAAGAAUCUGUGUGACUUGGGCAUUGUAGAUCCAUAUCCACCAUUAUGUGACAUUAAAGGAUCAUAUACAGUGCAGUUUGAACAUACCAUACUGUUGCGUCCAACAUGCAAAGAAGUUGUCAGCAGAGGAGAUGACUAUUAAACUUAGUCCAAAGCCACCUCAACAUCUUUAUUUUCUAAGCUUUGUUGGAAUACAUUAUACCAGAAUUAAUUUGCAACAUGUCUCUUUUAACCGUGGACCUAUGUAAUACUUUUUAUUCAUGUUAAAAAAGAAGGAAUUGGAUCAAAGGCAAACGGUCUAAUGUAAUUAACCAAGGAAAAAGCUUUCAGGACUUUUUGAAAUGUUAACUGUUUUACCUUCUGUCUAGGAAAUGCUGUAAAGCUCAAAUUAGUUAGGAAUGACUUAAACAUUUUGUUUUGAACACCUAAGAGAUGCUUUUUGGAUAUUUAUAUUGCCAUAUUCUUACUUGAAUGCUUUGAAUGACUACAUCCAAUUCUGCAUCUAUACUCUCUGGUAUUGCUUUUUAACCUUCCUGGAAUCCAUUUUCUAAAAAAAAUAAAGACAUUUUCAGAUCUGACAGCUA